UUACACUUAUUCUUCUUAAAAUGAAGAAAUGUAAAGCAAACAUAUCUUGAAUCGUGAUUCUGUCUCCCAAGAAUUCGAAAGCGAUCGAUAUAUCUCCAAUGACUAAUCCUUACUUCUCACCCUUUAAAAACCAUGAUCAUUUUCCCCAUCUUCUCCAUCUUCCUCCACCAUGGCAGCCACCGCGGCGCCGGCACCAGUCCACGACGGCCUUGAAUUCUGGCAGUUCAUGAUUGCCGGCUCCAUCGCCGGGUCCGUGGAGCACAUGGCCAUGUUCCCAGUGGACACUCUCAAAACCAGGAUGCAGGCCAUCACCUCCACCGCCAAAGCAGCCUCCUCCCUCACCCUCCGCCACUCCCUCGCCUCCAUCUUAAAACUCGAGGGCCUCGCCGCCCUCUACCGCGGCAUCGCAGCAAUGGGCCUCGGCGCCGGCCCCGCUCACGCCGUCUACUUCUCCGUCUACGAGUCUUGCAAGAGUUUAGGAAAUCCCAACAGCCCCGUCGCUCACGCCGCCUCCGGUGUGUGCGCCACCGUGGCGAGCGACGCGGUGCUGACGCCCAUGGACGUGGUGAAGCAGCGCCUCCAGCUUAAAGGAAGCCCUUACAAGGGCGUGUGCGACUGUGUGAAGAGGGUUAUGGUGGAGGAGGGAUUCGGGGCGUUUUACGCGAGUUAUCGGACGACCGUUGUGAUGAACGCGCCUUUUACGGCCGUCCACUUUGCUACGUACGAGGCUGCCAAGAGAGGCCUGAUGGCGGAGGGAGAGGACGAGAGUUUGGUGGUGCACGCGGCUGCUGGUGGCGCUGCCGGGGCGUUGGCUGCGGUUGUCACCACUCCUCUUGAUGUUGUCAAGACUCAGCUGCAGUGUCAGGGCGUGUGUGGGUGUGAUCGGCUUUCGAGUAGCUCGAUUAUGGAUGUGAUUGGGAUCAUCAAGAAGAAAGAUGGGUAUAGAGGGCUGAUGAGAGGUUGGAUUCCUAGGAUGUUGUUUCAUGCACCUGCUGCUGCUAUCUGCUGGUCUACUUAUGAAUCAGUCAAGAGUUUUUUCCAUUGAUGGAGGCAGAUAUAUAUAUUGGUGUUUGGACAAAGUUCAUGAAUUUGGUUGGAGACAAGUUAUUGUCUUCCUAUAAGUUAAUAACUCAUAGCUUUGCCUGCU